UCCAGGUAGUGUUCUGCUACUUUGAGGAUAAAGCUAUUCAGAAAGACAAAUCUGGGAUGAUGCAGUGUGUGAUUGCUGUUGCAGACAAAGUGUUCGAUGCCUUCCUAAACAUGAUGGCAGAUAAAGCCAAGACAAAGGAGAAUGAAGAGGAGCUAGAGCGACAUGCUCAGUUUCUGUUGGUGAGCUUCAACCACAUUCACAAGAGGACAAGGAGGGUGGCCGACAAGUACCUGUCUGGUCUGGUGGAUAAGUUUCCCCACUUGCUCUGGAGCGGGACUGUACUGAAGACCAUGCUGGACAUCCUGCAGACUCUAUCCCUGUCGCUGAGUGCUGACAUUCAUAAGGACCAGCCUUACUACAGCAUCCCUGAUGUGCCCUAUUGGAUCACAGUUCCUGACACAUACGAAGCCCGAGAGGCAAAUCAGCUAACUGAGUGCCCGGCUUGUGUGACAAAAGAUUGUUCCAACUUCAUGGCUUCCCUGAAUUUGCACAACCGCUAUGCAGGCGAGGUGUACAGAAUGAUUUGGUUCUCAAGUGCUACAGGCCAGAUGUCUGACCUGAACAGAAUGAUGGUGCAGGAUCUGAAUACAGCUUUGGACCACAGUAAUUCUCAGCACUAUACACAGGCCAUAUUCAAGCUGACUGCAAUGCUCAUUAGCAGCAAAGGUAAUGCACAUAAGCCCCGUGAAAUUCUGGAUCGCUUCUAA